AAAGUGAAAUAAGUGGCAGGUGGCGCUGUUGUCCGUCGUGUGUAGAUGUCUGCUGACAAUUCAAACGCUUGAAAGUUUUGUUUAUUGGUUAUGCUGUAAUUAAUAAGUGUUUAUAUUUAUUUCCCGUCUGUCAUCGUCUUAUAUUGUGAAAUAAAAUCAUCAUCAUGACUUCCAACAUUUAUGCAAUCUGCAAGCAAAUUCAUCCUCCCACUGCAGUCGAACAUUGCCUCUAUUGCAAUUUCUAUAACUUGCAAGAGCAGAAUUUAUUGGUAGCAGGAGCAUCUUAUUUAAGAGUUUUCAAAUUGACUCCCGAAGUAGAGCCACCUGAUAAAGUCAGCAGCAGUUCACCGAAAUUGAAAUUAGAAUGUCUACAGACAUUUCCUUUAUUUGGCAUCAUCAUUUCCAUGAAAUCCGUGAGAUUUACAGGCGCUUCAAGAGAUGCUCUGUUACUGAGUUUCAGAGAUGCAAAGUUGUCUGUCGUCGAAUACGAUCCAGCCACUCACGAUCUAAAGACCCUCUCGCUUCAUUAUUUUGAAGAGGAUGCCAUGAAGGCCGGCUUUACGCACCAUUAUCAUCUUCCUUUUGUUGCCGUCGAUCCCGACGGAAGAUGCGCCGCUAUGAUAAUCUACGGUCGGAGCAUUGUUAUUCUUCCCUUUCGAAGAGAAACUAAUGCCGACGAACAGGAAAACAACAUAAGCGUUGCUAGCAAAUCGCCAGUGCUGGCCUCUUAUUCUAUUAAACUAACAGAUAUUGAUGAAAAGAUGAAUAAUGUGAUCGAUAUUCAAUUUUUACACGGAUAUUACGAGCCAACUCUGCUUUUAUUAUACGAACCGUUACGAACCUGGCCUGGGAGAGUUGCAGUGAGGCGUGACACUUUUGCAAUCAUUGCUCUUUCACUUAAUAUUCAUCAAAAAGUGCAUCCUGUCAUUUGGUCUCUGAGUAGCCUUCCGUUUGACUGUCUACAGGCAAUUCCAGUACCAAAACCACUUGGUGGAGUAUUGAUAUUUGCAGUUAAUUCUUUGCUAUAUCUAAAUCAGAGUGUUCCACCUUACGGAGUGGCACUCAAUAGUUUUACAGAAACUAGUACUGCAUUUCCACUAAAGCAGCAGGAUAAUGUCAGAAUCACUCUUGACUGUGCACAGGCAUGCUUUUUUUCUUACGACAAGAUUGUGAUUUCAUUAAAGGGAGGAGAAUUAUAUGUCGUCACACUGUUUAACGACGGAAUGCGUAGUGUUCGCAGUUUCAACUUUGAUAGAGCUGCGGCAAGUGUCUUAACAACAUGUAUGACAUUGUGCGAAGACGGAUAUCUCUUCCUCGGAUCUCGAUUGGGAAAUUCUUUACUAUUGAGAUACACUGAAAAAGUACAAGACAAUUCAUUGGAGGAAGUGAGACAAGCGAGACCAGAGCCCGAGGAACGUCCCAUUAAGAAGAAAAGAUUAGAUAACAUGGACGACUGGAUGGCAUCCGAUGUUGCUCUUAUUGAAGAUCCCGAAGAGUUGGAAGUGUAUGGGAGUGAAACGCAGACUACAAAACAGAUCACUUCUUAUACAUUCGAGGUUUGUGACAGUCUUCUAAACGUUGGACCCUGUGGGAGGAUAUGCAUGGGCGAGCCUGCAUUCCAGUCAGAAGAAUUCUCGAAUAAUCCUGAUCCAGAUCUCGAACUGGUUUCCACGGCCGGUUACAGCAAAAAUGGUGCCAUAUGUGUCUUGCAGAGGUCGGUAAGACCGCAAGUUGUGACAACUUUUGAAUUGCCCGGAUGUGUGGACAUGUGGACGGUUUUUGGACCAAGUGUGGACAAAAGAGAACAAGAGUAUUAUCUGGAUGAUGUGAAAUCUGAAGAGAAAGAGAAACCAAAGAAGGAUGAUUCUAUGUCCACUCAUGCAUUUCUGAUCUUGAGUCGUAUGGACAGUAGUAUGAUCCUACAAACUGGUCAGGAAAUCAACGAAUUGGAUCACAGUGGUUUCAGCACUCAGGCUUCUACUAUAUUUGCUGGAAAUCUGGGUGACAACAAGUACAUUUUGCAAGUAUCUCCCAUGGGAGUGCGACUCCUCUCUGGAUGCAGACAGUUACAGCACAUUCCUCUAGAUGUAGGCUCUCCCAUAGUGUGGAGUUCUGUGUGCGAUCCCUAUGCUCUGAUCAUGAGUGAAGAAGGAUUGGUCAUACAGUUGACAUUGAGACAGGAUCCUUCGGCCACGAAUUCUCCACUGGUGGCAUCGCGUCCACAACUGGCUGCCAUUAAAUCAAAAAUACUGACUCUCUGCGUAUAUAAGGAUGUGAGUGGACUAUUUACCGUCUCUCCUCGUGAAGUCAUUGAGACUGAACCGCCACCCAGUUCUACAAUGAACAACAACAUAACAUUACCUAGUACAUUAAAUCUACCAAAGAGUGACAUGGACGACGAGGAUGCAUUACUGUAUGGAGAACCUACCACUUCCACUGAAAAUGAAAUCAGCAAAGUUGUGGAUGCAAAACCAAAAAAAAAAGUUGUCGAAGUGAAAGAGAUCAAGCCAACGUAUUGGCUAUUCAUUGUGAGAGAAAAUGGAGUUCUAGAGAUCUAUUCGCUCCCGGACUAUAAACUAAGCUACCUGGUAAAAAAUUUUCCGAUGGGUCAGAAACUACUGGUGGAUAGUAUACAGAUUACUGCAAUGUCUGCGACAAACUCUGGAGAGAAACAGUAUGAGAAACAGCACGACUCCUUGCCGCUGGUGCACGAGAUACUUGUAAUCGGACUCGGUCCCAUGCAUUCAAGGCCCCUCCUCCUGGCUCGGAUCGAUGAGGAGUUGGUAAUGUACGAAGCAUUCCCUUUUUAUGAAAAUCAAACUGACAAUCACUUAAAAUUACGUUUCAGAAAAGUGGCGCAUGAUAUGAUCUUGAGAGAGAGGAAAGAAAGGAAGAUGAGAAACCAGGAAUCCCGCGAUCAGGAACGAGCUCGCAGCCAUCAGAGAUGGUUACGACCAUUUAGAGACAUUUCUGGAUAUAGUGGGGUUUUUAUUUGUGGGCCUUAUCCUCAUUGGCUCUUCAUGACCUCUCACGGAGAGUUGCGUAUUCAUCAGAUGGGAAUCGACGGUGCAAUAACUUGCUUUGCUCCGUUCCACAAUGUCAACUGCCUGAAAGGAUUUUUGUACUUCAAUAGACAGGGGGAACUGCGUAUUUGUGUCUUGCCCACUCACUUGUCUUACGAUUCCGCCUGGCCGGUCAGAAAGGUUCCACUGCGAAACACGCCCCAUUUCGUGAACUACCAUCCAGAAACAAAGACCUACUGCAUCGUAACGAGCAGCAUGGAGCAAUGUACACGUCUGGUUCGAUUCAACGGAGACGAGAAAGAAUUUGAAGUGCUGGAAAGGGACGAGCGAUUUCUCUAUCCGUACACCGAAAAGUUUACCAUUCAGCUCUUUUCUCCCGUAAGUUGGGAAACGAUUCCCAACACGCGAAUAGAGCUUGAAGAAUGGGAGCACGUCACCUGUGUGAAAAAUGUCAUGCUCAUGUCCGAAGGGACCAGAAGUGGUCUGAAAGGUUAUCUGGCCAUCGGUACUAACUAUAAUUAUGGUGAAGACGUUACCAGUAGAGGAAGGAUUCUUAUACUAGAUAUUAUUGACGUCGUACCGGAACCGGGACAACCGCUAACCAAAAAUAAAAUUAAGGUUCUAUACAGCAAAGAACAGAAAGGACCAGUAACUGCCAUAUCCCAAGUUGUAGGCUUUUUGCUCAGUGCAAUUGGACAAAAGGUUUAUAUCUGGCAGUUGAAAGAUAAUGAUCUGGUGGGAAUCGCUUUUAUUGAUACACAAAUUUACAUUCAUUCUGCGAUGUGUAUCAAAAACUUGAUUCUCGUAGCAGAUAUUUACAAGUCGAUAUCACUGUUGAGAUACCAAGAAGAAAGCAGAACCCUGUCUCUAGUCAGUAAGGACGUAAAACCACUAGAAGUCUAUGCAACCGAAUUUCUAGUCGACAAUAAUCAAGUGGGAUUUGUCGUUUCGGACGUGGAGAAGAACAUUGUCAUAUACAUGUAUCAGCCAGAAGGGAGAGAGAGUUGCGGAGGGCAACGUCUACUGAGAAAGGGAGACUUCCACCUGGGCAAUCACGUAAAUUCGUUUUUCCGAAUCCGAUGCAGGCUGGGGGAAGUCAGUUCCGACAAACGACAGCUGGGAAUUCUGGAAAAGAGACACAUAACGAUGUUUGCGACUCUUGACGGAAGCUUAGGAUAUCUACUGCCGGUGUCCGAAAAGACGUACAGGCGUCUACUCAUGUUGCAAAAUGUCCUGGUCACUCAUAUACCUCACACUUGUGGGCUCAACCCAAAAGCUUUCAGGGCACUGCACAGCCAGAGGAAGUAUCUGAUGAAUCCACACAAGAGCAUCCUGGAUGGCGAUCUCCUGUGGAAAUACAUCAAUCUGUCCGUCAUGGAAAAGUGCGAACUGGCCAAGAAGAUCGGCACCAGUUCCGAUCAGAUAAUGGACGAUCUGUCAGAAAUAGAUAAAAAUACCUAUCACUUCUGAGGAAGACACGCAGUUCUUCUCUUCUCGUAGCAGUUUAUUUGCACCUUAUUCCGUAGUCUACAGAAUGACAAAGGACAAUUUAUAGUCUUAAGUUUAAUACAGAACUACGCUAGUUACUGUAUUGUGGGUGGAAAGUCCUCGUUUUGAUACGUUUCUACACAAAAUGUAUCGCUUAUUGUGGUGGAGAUGACAAAUCUGGAGUUUAAUUGUCUAAUACGUGUAAAUAAAAGCAUUUUUCUAUAAAUACUGUGUUAGUGUUUUAACCAACAAUUAGAAUGCUCAAC